AUGGAACUGUCCCAGCUCCUCAAUGAGAUCAGGGCAAACUAUGAAACGCUCCUCAGCCGAAGUCAGAUAGAGGCCAUCCUCUCAGCAGGGACCCAGCUAGAAAAAAUCACAACUGCAAGAAUGAACAAAGAUGAAGAAAUCUUAAAGGCAGCCAGGGCAGAGCUAAAUGAAGCUAGACGCCAAUGGCAUCAUAUGCAGACCGAAAUAGACUCUCUUCAUGCCAUGGAAAGGGGGUUGGAGAAUUCGCUACUGGCUACAGAACUACGAUACCAAACACAGCUGAAUCGCUUGGAAACAGAGAUUGAAGGUCUGGAGAAGGAGCUCCAAGAAGUGCGGCAGGACAUAGAAAAACAGCUCCAGCAACAUGAAAUAUUGUUAAAUUCCAAGAUGAGACUUGAGCAGGAAAUAGCUACCUAUCGCAGUUUGCUGGAGAAGGAAGAGAAAAGGUUUCAUUAUUUAAAACACGAAGAAACAACAGAUAUCAGAAAACCUACCACCAGCCAAAUAGCUUUUAUUUUACCUUCAUCAAGCAAGCUAAAAAAACAUGAAAUUGAAAAAGUGGAAAUACUGACAAAGCAAGCAGUCUUAAAUGGAGGUGUUGAAAAGGAUAGCACAGAGACUCAUAAUACAAUACAGACAGAAAAAGUAGAUGAAGUGAUUAAAGAAUGGGAAGGCUCUUUCUUCAAGGAUAACCCACACUUAAGAAAAAAGUCUGUUUCUUUGCGCUUUGAUCUUCACCUGGCAGCUACAGAUGAAGAUUGUUUACAUAUGAAACAGAAAAGUCUGCCUGAUAUUGAAGUGAGGUUGGUUAUGAGACGGUCUUGCAGCAUCCCAUCAAUCAAAACUUAA